AUGGAAAAUUUUCUUAAGCAAAAGUUUGGUUUUCAUAAUAUUGAAGGUCAAUAUAUUGUGUCUGGUGUACGAGCAUUUAAACUAUCGAAACCGAUUUCACAAUUAGAACCCAAUAAAAAAAUCUAUUUUCCUUAUGAUCAAUAUCACAAUCCAUUUAUUAUGACUGUAGAUGAAAUUCGAAGGUGGCAAAAUUCUUACGUCGUAUAUGCUGAUGGAAAUGCUCGAAAUAUGAACAAAAAAUUUCUUUCUCAUGCUCUUCAAAGAAGAAGUGAAAAUGGCAGUGAAGCUUUUUGUAUGAAAUUCGUUGUUCGUAUGUCUGAUUGUCCUAUCCUAAUGAAAUUUGAUGCAAAGAUUUCACCGCGUUCCCUCCAGGAUGAUUGGCCUAAUCGGAUCAAACUCGUUUCAGUGACAGGUAUUGAUUUUGCUGGACGAGAGCAUGAUGUUGAUGAUAUUACAACUUAUAUUAGAAAUUGGCAGCAAGUUUUCGAACUUGAUUGA